GCCUAUCGGGGGAUCCCGGAUGUCAUCGAGGCUCUCCGCACACACGAGGAAGAGUGCAGCAAUGACGACGUCACUCGACUGCUAACAGUGCUAUGCGAGUACUGUGUGAAAGAGGCGACCACCGCUCAUUGCCUGUACACACACCAUGAGUUGGGUAUAGACACCACAGGUGCUGAUAUGUUCGCGAAGGCCAUUCCACUACCCAGAAUGUUGAACAAGGACGUCAUCGCCGUAUUCGGCGGCGUAGAAGUGGUUGUGCGUAUUCUUCUGCGCCUGACACAGCCGUUGCGAUAUCCAUUGGAAAGUGCACACGAACGGCAGCAACUACACACACGCACGCACACAGACACAGACACACACACCGACACACACACACACACACACACACACACAAAGUUAAUAGAAGAUGAAGAGGAAGCUGCAUGUAGAAGUACAGAGCGUGUGAGGGCGAUUGCACGGAAUGCGGUCCAGAUGCCCGAACUCUCUGCGUACACACCCUCUUUAAGACAGGGUGUGCUGAUAGACACCAAUCCAGCCGGUAGCUAUAGCAACGCGUCGGGGGGUAGUCAUGGCAACAUGUCUGGCGACUAUGGCAACGCCCCGGGUAGUCAUGGCAACGAGGAGGGGUAUCUUCGGUUCGAGGACAUCAUGCGGUGCGCUACUAUCCUGCGGUGGCUGGCGUCCCCACACACGGCCGUGCAACUGGCACACCACCACGAGCUCAUCUGCACGCUACUGCUUAUGUGCAAGUACAGGCGGUUCAUGCAUGAGAGCUGCUAUCUGCUGGAAGAGACACUGAGUCAUAGAGAGAGAGCACUGGACCUGCACACUGUUCCGGGGCUGUUUGGUCUGUUGAGUGAGCAGAUGGAUCCGUGGCACCUGGCGUAUGUCUCACGCGUGCUGGCUGUGACGGUGGUGGAGUGCACGGGCGAUAUAUUCCACAAGGAGAGUGGCGAUGUAUGUUCUUUAUCUGAUGUUUGGUAG